CAUUCAUUCAUUGUGUGCAAUGCAUUGUGUGUCUCCCUCCCAUGGACGAACAUGUACAACACGCACUAUGCAUGCGUCCAGAUGAAUUGUGCGUGUCUACAUGCACACACGCAGCCAAACCCCCAUGGAUCAGAAAAGACACCAGCGAUAGCUAUAUCACAGACACGGUGGCCACACAUGAUUGAAGAAAGGACAGACACCCCUCCUCUCUUCACACGGUGCCCUUCCUUCCCCCGAUUACGGCUCUCGCCACUUGUGCAACAGAAUAAAGGAUGGCGCCCAAGCUCCCCACCGCGAGCAAUGCGGCGGGCACUAUGAUGGCCUCAUCCUCCAGGGCACUCUGCAUACUCCCUUGAGAACUGUGUGGAAGGGGAACACAACGGCAGACCGUGUUUGGAUGCAGCCAUGCUGUGAGGGUGUCUUGCUCACGGUCUGAUUGCGUGUUGCCACAGGGUGCUGCGCAGCACCGCCACAUCGUCUGGGGAGGCCUUCACAGAGAAUGACAAAGGGGGCUCGAGGCCUGUAGACCGUAAACAGCACACACAGCAUGACAUCUCGUGAGUGAAUCGCAUCCUCUCUUCUCGCGCACCGUGUUCCUGCAGCCAGUCCAGUAUGUUGGUUUGAAACACCUGAAGGACAGAACCAAUAUACCGAUGGUCAAUCUGCUGCUACUCUCAUACAGUAUGUCUGUCCUUCUGUGCUUACUUGUUUGGCGUGUCUGCCGUCUGUCUUGGCGGCGAUGACGAGCAUGUGGGGCAGCUGGGGCGGCCGGUCGGAAUGUGACGCCCACGAGGUGGCCGCUGUGUCAAGACUGAAGGGGUAAAAGUGAAACCGGUGGUGUGUGUGCCAUGAAUUGUGGACGAAGACGUACCUUUCGAUGAUGGCUGCAACCUUUGCAAAACCGUGAGGGUCGGUGACGUCAUACAACAAGCACACAACAUCGUACCUGCCACGACAAGACGAGCAGGUACACACAGGUCUGUCUCCUUGGUGUCUUUCGGUACGUGUGUCAUGUGUACCUCUGCAACACGGCCGGAUGCAGCUCCUCCUCCUCAGACACGAUCAGCUGAUGACACCGCGACGACGAAUCUCUGGUCCUCGUCGACACGUCACGACCGCCAAAGACCGCCGCCCCUCGCUCCAUGUCACCCUGCCCAGGCCCGAGCAGCCCCUCCACCUCCCCUCCCUCCCGGCAACCACACGCCUCACCCAUCCAGGGCGCCUCGUAGAACGGAUUAUCGACAUCCAUCCGGAUCUCCCUGUGUCUCUCGCUGACCGACCGAAGCGUCCGGCUGUAUCGUAGCACGCGACCUGACGCGUCGUCCUCCCCCUCCCUGUGCCGGCUGUUCUCCUCUGUGACGGCUGUGCUGACACUGGCUGCUGGGUGAGAGGGCCUCAUGCGGAGGGGACGGGUGGGGGAUGGCAGGGCAAGCGGAGCGGGUGAUUCCUGGUGGUCAUUGAAGGAUCGCGAACAUGGCGUAUGACCGCCAGGACGGCUGGCGCCUCCCGCUUCAUGAUCCACCGAAACACAAGCUAUGGCAGUGCCGCCCGAGCGCCUUCGAGGGCCGUUUGGCUGCCGCAGUGCGUGGACGAAGGAGGACUUGCCGGUGUCUGGGCCGCUGCUGACCACACCGCAGCGCCAGACGGUUCGGUCGAUGCGAUGCUCCUUGGGUGCGAGGCAGCGCGACGGAGAGAGGGCGCAGCCCAGCUGACGACUCACGAGCAGGACGGAGUCAGGAUUGUACAUAGCAGCCAACCUGCCACAAGCGCACACAACAGCCGCUGAAGCCUCGAUCCCUUUCGCUAUCCAGUUUGCGCACCUCCAGUAGUUGAGCCAGGCGUCGCGUGUCAGCCCCACGCUGCCAUUCUCCACCACAGCUUCGACCACACACCACGGCGGCACAGGCGUCAGCCGCUCAAACCCAUCGCUCGGCCUGAACAGCCGCCUCACACCCCUCUCACUCAGCAGCGGACGACCUCCAGCCGAUGACGCGAACUGGUGAAAGACCUCAUCGAGGAAGUGAAUGAAGGGCCGCGUGAGCUCAGCAAAGGUGUGUGGCGGUGCCCCGAACGCAUCGGAUGCCCCUGAUGGGUUCGACGCCGCUUCAGAGGCCGCCGAGGCAUGGUCACGGAGAUAGCUGUAGUUGGUGGGCUUCAGCCGACCGUCAGGCGUGUACCUGCAGCAGGGAGUAUGGGCAGGCAGGCAACCAUGGACACCUGUGUAUUAUGCACUGCCUGCCUGCCCUGCCUGGCUCACCCGUAUGUGGUGAGUAUCUGCAGGAGGGACGCGUCGCUGAUGGUAUCGUCAAGGGUGCGGAUGAGGUAGAGGAAGCCCGCCUCGCUGAUCUUGUCGCCCACAAGGCCGCCGGGGCAGUUGUGCUGUAUCUCCCUGUGCAGCACCUUGAUAUCCUCCAUCUCAAUGUCCUGCAUAAACACCUGCUCGUGAGUGGCAACAAGCAGAGCAAUUGGAGCAAACAAUACAAGUUUUUGCUCCUUUUGCCGCCACACCUCAAGCUGGAAGUCGUAGAGUUCAGAUGGACUGAGCAGCCCAUCCCUGUCGGUGUCAAGACGUCUGAAGAUCUGCAAGAGGGCCCUGACCACCUGCGAGGCGCCGCCGUCGCUCAGACCCUCCAUCCCAGCACCUUUCGAU